GCUGGAGGACGGGAGAGAGGAGAGACGCGGUGCUGUUUUUAAAAGAGCUUAUACAUGCGUAGAAAUGUGAGGAGCGCUGCGAGCGGGCAGACCAAACAACGGCAAAGUGAAAACCUCGGAGUUUUUGUUUUUAAUCACUCGCGGACCCCUGCCUCCCCGCUCGCAUGGUUUUUAUUUAAAUCUUUUUCUCCCGACGCCCCCAAAUUAGCGAGUCUGCUAGCCUUUAGCCAACGUACUGCCAACACUUCACACUGUUCCCUCAGAACCUAAAGAACGGAGGGCACAAGCGCGAGCUGGCCACGAGAAAGCUGUCCCCACCCCAGGUCCCCCCCUAGUCUCAUGUGCAUCCACGGGGAGCAUGCCUAGCCCUCUGUUCCACCCUGAGAUUAUGGAUCACGACGUGGUAGUGAGCGGCCAGCAGAACGGGGUCACGUUGCCCAGAGAAACGGACCCGGAGUCACGGGACGAGGAUCGUCAGGAGGCGCUUCGCUUCGCCCUGGACCAGCUGUCACUCAUGGGUCUGGAUAAGGUCGACGCGCUGGACGGAUCACCAGGCACCGUGCCGGAGAACUGCAACGGCGGCGGCGGGGGCUACGUCGACCUGCAGAUGCUAGAACACCCCGGCGGGUCCCGCGAGUCGCCGACGUCGUGCUCCCCUUCCCCGGAGUAUUACGGCACCGGUGGAUACCACAUGGCCGCCCCGCACUCGCACUCUGUGUUGGGGGAACAAAGCUCCGUGCUCUGCAACAGAAAGAGGAGUGUCAACAUGACUGAAUGUGUGCCUGUACCCAGCUCGGAACACGUUGCAGAAAUUGUAGGACGGCAAGGUUGUAAGAUCAAAGCCCUGCGUGCAAAGACUAACACAUACAUCAAGACCCCAGUCAGAGGUGAAGACCCCGUGUUCAUAGUGACAGGUCGACGUGAGGAUGUUGAAAUGGCCAAACGGGAGAUCAUCUCGGCUGCGGAACACUUCUCCAUGAUCCGUGCCUCCCGCUGCAAAGCCGGGGCAGGGGCCAGUGGUGGGGGAUCUCUGCCCGGGCCCCCCCACCUCCCUGGUCAGACCACCAUUCAGGUGCGUGUGCCCUACCGAGUGGUGGGCCUGGUCGUAGGGCCAAAGGGAGCCACCAUCAAACGCAUCCAGCAGCAGACACACACGUACAUCGUGACACCAAGCCGGGAGAAAGACCCCGUGUUCGAGGUGACGGGCAUGCCGGAGAACGUGGACCGGGCACGGGAGGAGAUUGAGACACACAUCACCCUCCGCACAGGCGCCUUCGUGGACCUGCAGGGCGACAACGACUUCCACAGCAACGGCACAGACGUCAGCCUGGAGGGCUUGGGCUCCCUGGGCCUCGGCGGCACGCUGUGGUCUCGCGCCAGCGGGCACGCGGCGGCCCCACCGCCACCUCCCCCGCCCCCCCUGCCUCUCUCCACGCACGGCUCUGGCCGCAAGCUCUCUUCCUCCUCCUCUUACCACAACGGAGGCCUGAGCGCCGACUCGUACGCGGCGCCCCGACGGCCUGCGGAGAGCGGCAGCCCCACCAGCCCCUUCAGCACGGGCAGCGGGGGAGGCGGCGGUUUCACCUUCGCCGGCGACUCCGCCCCCGGCCUCGCCCCUCCCGCCUCUGACGACCUGAGCUUCGAGUUUGGCGGCUCCAACAUCUGGGCGCCGUUUGUGAACGGCGGCAAGCCGUCACAGGCCCUCCGGCGCAACAGCAGUGGCCUGAGCGGCGGCAACAUAACGCCCCGCCUCUCACCCACGCUGCCUGCUGACUCCGCUCCCCUGGACCACCCUCUGGCGCGGCGGGCGCAGAGUGACCCGCUCAGCGCGCUCUCCUGGCUCCAGACGGGCUCCUCCUUCUCAGGCGGCAGCAGCAGCAGCAGUGGCGGAAGCACCACGGGCUACUCCUCCUGCUCGGCCUCCUCCCUGCCCGGUGGUUCCCCCACCGACUCGGAGGGUGGCGUCAGCGGCAUGGGCGUAGCCUCGGGGGUGCUUGGCCGGCUGAAGGCGGGAGGCCUGGCCACCAUGGUGCCUGGCGGGACCAGCAGGGACUGCUUCGUGUGCUUUGAGAGUGAGGUCACAGCUGCACUCGUGCCCUGUGGCCACAACCUGUUCUGCAUGGACUGCGCUGGGCAGAUAUGCCAGUCUCAAGAGCCAGAGUGCCCGGUGUGCCACACCCCUGCCACGCAGUGCAUCCGCAUCUUCUCUUAAUACCACGCCGCCGCACCCAGUCAGGCAGCAGUGGGUGCUGUCGUUCAAACCUAUAGAACAUCCAGCUUAUAAAGUUAUCUAGAAAGUCUACAGUGAUAUGUAAGAGAGGAGGACGUGUAUCUACCACCUGCCUACAUAGGAUUGACAAUAAAUUCAAUAAUUACCAUAUUAGAUAUGACACUAUUCUGGAGUUAAGUUGAUUUAUUAUUAAUAAUAAUAGUAGUAAUAAUAAUAAUAACUAUGAUGAUGACAGAUAUUACUGACUCAUACUUGUCCCAGGCUGUGGAAUUGGCAGGUUGUGACUUUUUCCAGAACUGAGAUCUUCAUUGUGGAUGAGGAGGUUGGAAACCAGUGUCUUAUCUUUCUUUAGGCAUUAAUGUUCUCGACUGCCUGCCGGCACAUUGGUCUACGUGUUCUUUACAUUCCCCCUCCCCAGACGCUCUUCACUCUUGCUCGAGUGCAGCCUGAUUGCGCCUUUUGGUUUUGUUUUUCGUUUUUUUUCCCGCUUGAGACUUUUUUCUACUCGCAGGUAUUUUUCGACUUAAACUGCAUAGGUCUGCACUUUUUUCUAAUGGUUCAUUUCAAGAUUUUUCCCAGGGACGGGAAUGCAGUUGGGUGUUUUGAAUCCCGUGCGUCUCUGGUGCGUCGUUGCCAUAGCAAACCUGCGGUGGUAAACUGGGACAACACAGGGACUGCAGAGUCUACACACUUGCCAGCCCGGAAUAUUCCAGGAUUAUUUGUGUGUGGUUUUUUUUUUUGUUGUUGUUGUUUUGUUUUUUUAAUCUAUGAAGAAUGAAACACUUAAUAUUUAUUCAUGUUAAGAGUCGAUAUCCAACAUAAUGGUUAAUGUUCAAUAUAAAGACAAGUAGAUAGAUAGACUAGUUGACAUUGCAUAAGGAAUAUCAUUACAGUGAUAAGAGGUUGGCUUUGUGCUGGUCUUUUGUGUAUCUCUAACCGUACAACCCUAAAACACUCAAAUUCCAGUCCAGCGGUGGGUGCCACUCGUCCUCUUGCCAACUGUCUAUGGCUAGGACAGACAGGUCAUAUACACUUCAUUAUCAGUCUUUUGCCUUUAAUGCUAUGAUCAAAAAAAGGUUAUUAGGGAUGUGUGUGUUUUUUUUGUUUUUUUUUCCAAUCUGGUCCCCUGUCCUGAUGGGGGGGG